AUGUCCGACCUUUCAGAAAACACGACAGAACCAAGCACUAGAAAAGCUACGUUUGACCGACUACUAAAGGCAUUAGGACUUGAGGACAAAUAUCCCAGAAAGAUUACAAUGAAGGAUGUCACAACUAUUGAUCUACUAGAAGGGCAGACUGAAGAUCCAUCAGAAGUUAAUUUAUGUGAUAUACCUCAAAGGUUUCUAAAACAACUUUUGACUUCAAACAGUGAAGCUAGGGAUCUAUUGGUGCCGGCAAGCAAAGAGGAAGAUACUGAUUUUGAUACAGACGACUUAGAGCUGUUGGGCAUAGAUGAUACCUCAGAUUCGAACGAUAUAAGUCCUUUAGAUAUUCUAAUUGUAGUAUUUCAGUGUUGCGACCCAAUGUUACAACAAAUGAUAUGUCAGAAAAUGUAUCUUUGUAAAAUAGCAGUUCCAUUUUCCUAUGUUAUCUGGGAGGGUAACAAUUCACGAUUUGAAAUUCCUGUAUGGCCUUUGAGAUCUCUAACAUUAGGAUGCAGUAUAUACAAUGCAGAUACCCCAGUUUCUAAUAACGAAUUUGACAUUCUGAGUUUAUCAACAAAAGUAGUAGCUUUUUCAAGGUUUUGUCGUCCUAAUUACUCUAAGUCUGCACUUUUGAAUAAAAUUCUGUCUGACCAAGGGCAUAGUACCUUUUUUCACAAGGAUUGUCCUUCUGGUGCUACUCGGAGAAUUGUAAGUAAUGGUUAUAUUGAACAGUUUUGGCUCCCGACAAUUGAUGAAAGUAAGGACAAGUUUAAAGAUGCAUUGACAUUUUUGAAUAUACGGGGGGCGAUAGAAGAACUCGAUGACAGCCGUUUAAACUUCCUAUCUUCAUUUGUUGACGUCAUGGUAAUGGUAGUUGAUCAGCGCUCUACUGUAGCGCUUAAAAGUGAAGUAGAAAAUAUGUUGCUAAAAUUUCCAAAAGUCAUUCUAAUAAUUGCCAGCCCGCUACAAAAAUGUGAUGCAAAAUUGCUCAAAGAAAUGCAAACAAGAAAAAAGUCCAAAGAUAAAGAUUCUAAUUUGAAUGUAAUCUCAACGCAUAAAAGUGGCACUGAACGAAACUCUGUCGAUAUGGCUUUAACUAUAAGUAAGGCUAUUCGCAGUGAGAAUGAACAUAACAUCUCAAAACCACUAGAAGACCGUUUAAUUGAAACUCAAACCCACAUGUGUACCAUCGAUGAAAAUGAAUCUACAUGUCAACUUGGUAGAAAAGAAGCAGAAAUUAUCAUCAAUGCUAUGAAAGAAGAUGGGGAAGCACGGGUAUGGAAGAGAGCUGUUACACCUGUGCAAUACACAUCUGUCCCUAAAUUGGGAAAUUUGAUAAAACAACACUGUAGAUCACAAGAUUUAACUGAAACAAGUAAAAUGGAGUCAGAAAUAGAACAACUGAGGCACGCACAAACUAAAAUGGUAUCGAAAAGUUUGAGAACGUUUCUAAAUGCACUAACAAGUAAGACUAAAUCAAAGGGUGAAAUUGCUUACUUUCUUGGAUGGUUGCAUUAUUUCAUUGAACGAGAGAAACGGACAGUAUUGCCUGAACUUAUGGAGAAGAGAAAGAACGCAUGGGAACAAUUAAAGUAUAUGGAGGAAAGCGGAAGCUCAAAUAAGAAGAGCAUUGAGGAACAGAAAGAACUAAUAAAGAAAAUAAAAACAGAAGUUGACGAAGCUUCGUUUUCUAUCGAGCACAUUAAUCGAGAAAUUGGUCAUAUAUAUAAUGCAGCAUUCAAGACGAACACAGAUAAUCGUGCAAUUGGAUUGCCGCCACUUCCUGAUGUUGUUGAAGUCUAUGCAAGUUUAGUUGCUAAUGGCCAACCGCUCGAAGUUAUUGAUGGCGAUAGUUCAUACAUGCCAUAUGAGUGGCUAAAAAAUAUUUUAGCUCGCGUGAACCAACUUUUAGGUAAAAAUACAAUACUGGCACUGAGCGUUCUUGGAAUCCAGAGCUCUGGCAAAUCUACAUUACUAAAUACAAUGUUUGGAUCACAAUUUUCAACCAAAACUGGUAGAUGCACUAAAGGAAUACAUAUGCAACUUGUGCCGGUGAAUACAAUACCAAAGCAGACAUAUCAGAAUAACUUUGAUUACAUUCUUGUUGUUGACACUGAAGGUCUAUGUUCUCCUGAACUUAACAGUCUUGAUUAUGAACAUGACAAUGAGUUAGCUACAGUCAUAACAGGUAUUGGUGAUAUGACAUUGUUAAACAUAAUGGGAGAAAAUACCAGUGAAAUAAAGGAUAUCUUGGAAAUAGUCGUGCAUGCAUUUCUUCGCCUUAAACUUUCAAACAAAAGUAUCGACUUACAAAAGAGCUGCAUAUUUAUACAUCAGAAUGUAACAGAACCAUCGGCGUCAGCGCACAUGUCCGAAGGAUUGAACAAACUUGUGAGCGACCUUGACAAAAUGACAGAAAUUUCAGCUCAUAGUGAAGGUAUUGAAGGAAUAAGCAAAUUUAAUCAAGUAAUUGCAUUUGACCAGAAAUCACAGGUGUGGUAUCUCAACAACCUUUGGCAAGGUAAUCCUCCAAUGGCUAAAGUAAAUGUUGGGUACAGCAGUAGAGUUGUCGAACUAAGGUCCGAAAUUAUAGAUCAUGCAUUGCAAAUGAAAGAUAAAUCAUUCAAGUCGUUGAUAGAUAUCUUAACAAAUGCAUAUGAUCUGUGGAAAGGAGUUUUGAACGAAAACUUCUUAUUUUCGUUCAGAAACAGCAUUGAAGUGAAAGCUAGCAUGGACAUGGAAAUCGAAGUCCAGAAGAAUUUGUGGCGUUUUGAAUGUGAGGUUUUGGAGGAAGUGUCGAAGGUACCAUGGAGUAGGUUUGCAUCGUGUUCAAAGAAUGACCGCUUAGCAGAUAAAGUAAAUGCUGUUAUAACGGAAUUACAUUUAUUCUUAGACAGUAAAAUGUCUAAAAUAGAAAAUAACGUUACUAAAUUCUUCGAUGAAAAUGAAUAUAAACAAAUAAUAAAACAAUGGAAGCAAGGACAACUAAAUAAAAUUGAUGUAAAAUAUACUGCGCUAGACAAGACUAUAACAGAUGAAGUACACAAAGCAAAAGAAAGGAGAGAGCUUGAGCUGUUUGCAGAAUCCAGAAUCGAAAAACACGAAGAAGUACUGCGCAAGGAGUCAAUGAAUAGUGUGAAUAAAUAUAGAGGUAAGGACUUGUCUGACACAGAAAUAAAUAUGCUUUUUGAGGAUGUAUGGAAACCGUUUGAGGAUGAAGUUAAAAAAUCAUCUAAACCUUCAGGAGAAGUAAACUGUAUACGUGAUAUUUUAAUUGAAAGCCUUUGUAGUAUAUUUAAACGUGAAAGGGCAAUUCUAGAUCAAACAUUGCAUGCAAGAAAUGAUUUGAAAUGUCAGAAUGCACAACCAAUUUCUUUAAAAGGGUCGUUCAAAGAAACCGGUAUUGAUGAAACAGAUUUUAGUUACUCUUUGGUAAAAAAGGUAAAAGAAUUUAUAAAGUCUCAAAAUGCUAUGCCAAAUAUCAUAACACGUAUAGACCAAGUUUUUGAAGAGAUUGAGAGAAAGAUGGCGUACCCUACUGAUGUUGAACUAACUAAAAUUCAUGUAAACGCAAUUUUGCAUCAUCUUGGUCAAAAGUUGAAGGAAAUUGAAAGAGAUACAGAUGAAAUCAGCUUUAAAAGCACAUUUAGCGUUAAGUUAUACGUACAUGUAAGUUGCUAUGUACAUUAUGAAUUCGUAAAACACAAUCAAAAUCAUAGCCUAAAAUAUGGUAUUGAUGCUAAAUUAAGAAAAUUCAAAGAACAACAAAUAAUCAGCUUUGGAUUACAUAUCAAAAACAGAAAGAAAGAAGACAGAGUAGCUGAACUAUUUUGUAAUGUCUUGAAAGACUUUAUUCAUAACAUUACACUUGAAAUUCUUCCAAUUAAAGCUACUAAAGAGCUUAUCAGAAUACUGCCCGUCUCAAAAAAAAGAUUAAUCAUAUGCAUUUGCACCGACCUGAUAGAUGAUGAUAAUUUCGACAAUUUUAUUGAUUAUAUUAAUAGUCCAGAUAUGUAUGCAAACAAAUGGUUAUUACAAAAAAGUAAAGAAUACCUCUUUGGAAGCUCGGAAAUGCUAUUUGAACUGGCCAAAGAAAUAGCUGAUAGCCACUUUAAGGACUUGAAUAGAUGUUUUCAAGAAAGUGUAAGAAACAAUCAAAAUGCAAGCAUCACUAAACUUCUCGAUGAAUUUCUGUUGCAGCUACAGAAUAAAAAGCUUUCAAUUCCUUCAGAUGAUCUCAAAGAUGUUAGAAUCAAUGCAGCUAAAAUUGCAGAAAGUUCGUUUCAGGAUGUUGUAAAACUCAUAGAAUCAAAAAAGGAUGAAGUUAUUACGAAGUUGAAAAUCAAGUUGAGGUCAGAUUGUGUAGAAAACAUUCAAUGGCGAGGUUCAAAUCCAUAUAGUAAAGUCGAAAACGAGCUUUGGGGUUGCACUGAAAAAUGUGCGUUUUGCGGAGAGCCUUGCGAAGGUACCAAAGAUCACUCUGGAAAACACAGAACUAUCCAGCACAGACCUCCGUGCUGUAAAGGAGUGCGUGAAGGUGAUACUGGCUUAGCACGUCUUGCGUCGUGUAAUGUUAAUGUUAAAUCCGAGGAUAGGGCCCAUGGUUGCGGAGUAUUCGCUUAUCGAUGUAAUCCAG